AUGCCCUCAUUCGCCCGCCUUCUUUUUCUUGCCGCAACACUUGCCGCAGGCAUGGUGCAAGCCGCUCCAGUAGAGGCGUCACCAGACAUCAUCUUCAAGGUCUUUAGCGCCGACGAGGCGGAGACUCAUAACUGGCCUGUGGUCCCCUUCUCAGAGCCUGACGGAAUCACCAAGGUGGUCACAGAAGUCACGGUCUAA